AUCUCGAAAUGCAAAAGUUGUCCUGUGUGCCCAGGGUGUUUGUUCAUUGAUGCAAGGAUCUCUGUCAGUAACUAGGAUAGGGUUUCCAAAUUGUCUGAAAUCAGGAUUUAAAAUGCUUGCUUGUAUGAGACUCCUUUUUUCUGACUUUGCCAUGUUUUGUACAAGGUGAUCUAUUGAGUGACUAUAUUAAAACGGAAGGGGCCUGGAUUUAUUCUGCAAGAGAAGUGAAAUAUCCCCUGGUCAGCAUUGAAGAAUGUGCAGCAAAAUGUAACCGGGAAACCCAGCUUGUCUGCAGAGCUUUUCUCUUCAAUCAGAAGGAUCAGGAGUGCAUUGUGAAAGCGGAAAAUAGUCGCAUGCAGGUGGUGGUGAGAAGAACAAACACUGUCCUUUAUGAGAAAAAAGCUUUUCUUUUGGAAUGCAAGUCAGAAAAUGGAGUCACCUACAGAGGAACAGCCACAAAAACCCUCUCGGGAAGAACCUGCCAGAAAUGGAGCAGCAAGGAACCACACAAACCAAAUUACACACCAGUAACCAGUCCGUAUGCGGACCUGGAGGCAAACUAUUGCCGAAAUCCUGACAACGAUACAAUGGGGCCCUGGUGCUACACCAAAGAUCCGAACAAGCGCUGGGAAUACUGCCAGAUACCCAACUGUGAAGAGGACUGCAUGUUCUGCAGUGGAGAGAACUACCGUGGGAAAGUCUCCCAAACAGAGGACGGCACCUUGUGCCAGCGUUGGGACUCACAGGAACCCCACCUCCAUGGGUACAAACCAACCCAUUUUCCCAAUAAAUAUCUGGAGGAGAACUACUGUCGGAAUCCGGAUGGGGAGCCCAGACCGUGGUGUUUAACAACAGACCCCAUGAAACGAUGGGCGUUCUGCAACAUCACCCGCUGCGAGGGAGAGCCCCCUGCUGUUGAAACAGAGACGGAGUGUUACACAGGCAAGGGCCACGCCUACCGGGGAACUGUAUCGACGACAAUUUCUGGUGAAGUCUGUCAGCCCUGGAGCUCUCUGGUUCCGCACCAGCACUCGAGGACCCCUGAGAAUUACCCCUGCAAGGGGCUGGAGUCCAACUACUGCCGGAACCCGGACAACGAGAGGGAGCCCUGGUGUUACACCACCAACCCGGAGAUCCGAUGGGAAUACUGCCGGGUGCGAAGGUGCGGCGCUCAACAGACAGUGUGGAUAGACGAAGGUGGGCCCACUGACUGUUACAACGGGCAAGGCCUUGACUACCGUGGAACUACCGCUGUGACGUUGUCAGGGAAAAGAUGCCAGUAUUGGGACUCCAUGGAACCACACAGACAUGAAAAGACACCGAGGAACUUCCCUGAAGCGGGACUGGUUGACAAUUUUUGUCGAAAUCCUGAUGGUGAUCGGGCACCUUGGUGCUACACAAUUGAUCCGUUAGUCCGGUGGGAAUACUGCAGGAUCUCAAAAUGUGAGCUCCCACAACCUGAACGUCCCAAUUUAAACCCCGUGCUUGUGACACCUCCACCAGAAAGUGAGCAGGUCCCCGCUGCUCCAGAAGAUUGUAUGAUCAGUUACGGAGAGUCGUAUCGUGGGACCCGGUCGACCACAUCAUCUGGCCGGACGUGCCAAGCCUGGUCAGCAAUGUCCCCCCACUUUCACACCAGCUAUACCCCUCAGACCAGCCCUGAUGCAGGACUGGAUGAAAAUUAUUGCAGAAAUCCAGACAGCGAUCUCAAAGGUCCGUGGUGCUACACAACAGAUCCAGAGAAAAGAUACGACUAUUGUGAUGAUAUUCCCCAAUGCGAGCUCCCUAAUGAAUGUGGAACACCUGUUAUUGAACCCAAGAAAUGCUUUGGACGAAUUGUUGGUGGCUGCAUAUCCAAACCACAUUCCUGGCCUUGGCAAGUCAGUGUACGCACCAGCACUGGAAUUCAUUUCUGUGGAGGAAGUCUUAUUGAUCCCCAAUGGGUCCUCACAGCCAAACACUGUAUAGAACGGACCAUUCGACCUUCAUCUGUCAAAAUCUUUCUUGGAAUACACAGAGAGAAUGGAAGAGAAUUAUCAAGACAAACAAGAGAUGUUGUAAAAAUAGUUGCUAAUCGCAGGAGUGAUAUUGCUUUGUUAAAGCUCAACAGGCCAGCGAACCUGAAUGACAAAGUGGGAUUAGUCUGCUUGCCCAACAAGGGCUUUAUAUUAUCGAGUGGAGCGGAAUGCUACGUCACAGGCUGGGGUGAAACACAAGGAACUGGUGGUGACGGGGUUUUAAAAGAAGCAGGAUUCCCUGUGUUCGAAAAUAAAGUCUGCAAUCGCCCCGAGUACUUGAAUGGAAAUGUGAAGAACUGGGAGCUGUGUGCUGGAAACAUGGACGGAGGUGUCGACAGCUGCCAGGGUGACAGUGGAGGUCCUUUGGUCUGUCCGGAUGCCAAGGGCAAAUACAUCCUCCAAGGAGUGACGUCAUGGGGCCUCGGCUGUGCAAUGCAGAUGAAGCCAGGAGUUUACGUUCGGACAUCUUUUUUUGUUGACUGGAUUGCAAACACCAUAAAUGAGGGUUAGGACAGAUACAGUAGUGUAAUAAUCACAGUUGAAUGUGUGUGCUCAAUCAGGAUGUGAAAUUCUACCCGUGAAACAUUAAAUUCUUUUAUUCUCAUA